CUAGUGUGUUGUGUUGGAACUGCAGUGGUGGAAAAGGUAUCAUCUGAAGCGGAUGCUUAGAUAUUAUUCUUGAAGUAUUAUACCGACUUACUGUGCGUAUAGAUAGCAAUAUUACAUUGCAAAUACAUUGGUCGACACAGCAUCAUCAUAAAGAUGAUGGCUCCUCAUUGGUUGCUGCUCCUGUCCCUCUCCGUGGGAGUGAUGGCGGUACCCAUUGACCGCAACCCUGCUCCACAGGAAGUCCAUCCCCCUAAAGAGGAAGUGCCCGAUGAGAAUGCGGACACAGGGCUGUACUAUGACCGCUAUCUGAGGGAGGUGAUUGAGGUGCUGGAGACCGAUCCUCACUUCAGGGAGAAGCUCCAGACAGCCAACACCGAAGACAUCAAGAGUGGCCGUCUUAGUAAGGAGCUGGACUUGGUAGGCCACCAUGUGAGGACCAGGCUGGAUGAACUGAAGAGGCAGGAAGUGUCCCGUCUACGGAUGCUGCUGAAGGCCAAAAUGGACAGCACCAACACACAAAGUGUAAAACUGGAUCACGCCUCUCUCCUGAAACAGUUUGAGCACUUGGACCCUCACAACCAGAACACCUUUGAGGCCAAAGACCUUGAGCUCCUCAUCGCCACGGCCACCAAGGACCUGGAGAACUACGACACGGAGCGUCACGAGGAGUUCAAGCGUUACGAGAUGAUGAAGGAGCAUGAGCGGCGGGAGUACCUGAAGGGCCUGGACCAGGAGAAGAGGGAGAAGGAGGAGAAGAGGAUGGAGGAGCUCAAGGAGAAACACCGCCAGCACCCCAAAGUCAACGCUCCGGGCAGUGUGGCUCAGCUGAGAGAGGUGUGGGAGGAGACCGAUCAACUGGACCCACAAGAGUUCAACCCCAAAACCUUCUUCAAACUGCACGAUACCAAUGGAGACGGGCUGCUGGAUGAGCAGGAGCUGGAGGCUCUCUUCACCAAAGAGCUGGAGAAGGUGUACGACCCCAAGAAUGAGGAGGACGACAUGAUGGAGAUGGAGGAGGAGCGGCUGCGGAUGAGGGAGCACGUCAUGAAAAAUGUGGACCUGAACCAGGAUCGUGUAGUCAGCCUGGACGAGUUCCUCAAGUCCACGGAGAAGAAGGAGUUCAACAACCCCAAAGAAUGGGAGACCCUGGACGGGCAGAAGCCGGUGUACUCUGAGGAGGAGCUGCAGCGCUUUGAGGCGGAGCUUCGGGACAAGGAGGCGGAGCUGGGGAGGCGGGCCGAGACCCUGAGGCAGGAGCAGGAGAUCCUAAAGGAGCGAGGCAAGGCCCUAGAGGCCCAGAAGAGGGAGUACCAACAGGCCGUGAUGGAGAUGGCACAGAGACAGAAGCAGCAGCAGGAGGAAGUGAAGGAUGCGCCCCCCGCAGGCCCUAACGGCGAACUGCAGUUCCAGCAAGGCAUCAACAAACUACAGCAAGAGGAGACAGGUGAGAAAAAUGUUGGGAAAGUGGCCGUUCAGAAUGAAGGAGAGGUUCCAGCCGAGCCCCCACAGAACCUCCCACAGCAGACGCCUUAACUGGACUGGACCGGGCCGGGCCGUGCCCAAGACGUUAGAGCCUGCACCGUAUUUGGCCCACAUCUCAACCGGAGGGCCCCGCACACUCACUGCCCUAUAGGGUGGCUGCCCUGUCCUGCUCUGCCAUGCAGGACCCGACCCCGUUUCUCGAAAGCAACGUUGCUUACCAGUUAGCAACUUACUAGGUUUCCAAUGGGAAAUUGCAUUGCAACCAAGUAAGUUGCUGACUUGGAUAGCGACGAUGUUGUCCAGAAUCGCACCCCAGGACUGCCCUGCCACCUCCUUGUGUGUCCUCUGACUUUUUCUUCCUCCCCCACCCAAAUAUCUUCAUCAUCUGACUGCUGCUACCCCCCCCUCGCUCUCUUUCUCUCGCAAUCUCUCGCACUCUCUCUCUCUCUCUCUCUCUCUCUCUUUCUCGCUCUCUCGCUCUCUCUCUCGCUCUCUCUCUCUCUCACACACACCACACACACUACACACACACACACCAGGUUUCAGAAGUUCAUGCUAGACCAAACAAAUGCCCCCUUGACCCCAUCACAAGCCUCCAAACGCCCCCUUGACCUCAUCAUAAGCAUGCCAACGCCCCCUUUGUAUACUCAUGAACGGCGUGACGUUUUCCAUGUGCGUUACGCCCAUUUGUGGGGGAAAACGACCCAUGCAAGUCAAUUGGUGAUGUUGGGGUUUAAUAAACGAAAGAUAGGGACCUAGUAGACUAGCGUUGUUCACGCGCAACAUGCCGAAAACGUGUUGUGUUACCGGCUGUUCAAAUAAUAGCCAAACAGCCGUGGUUGAAGCAUGGAAUGUGUUCAUUUAGGCUAGCCGAUGUAGCAUGUAAGUCAAUGAGACAUUCGGUUUGUUUUCACCCAUAAAGGGGCGUAACGCAAAUUUAAGAGCAAAGUAUCCGGAUGGCCGUUCAUGAGUAUUGAAAAAAGCCCUCAAUGACAACUAAGCACCGCCCCCUCUCAACUUUAUCCUUCUCAACGCCCCCCUAGGGCUCCCCAACGCCCCCUGGUUGAGAAACACUAUGCUAGACCCAUAAUGCAUCUUUGCAAGUAUGGCACAAUAAGAGUUCUUUUUGCACACACAUUUCAGUUGAGAUCUUGGCUCUGUUUUGAUUUUCUUUUCAUUGGAACGAAUGGCCUUUAGACUUUCUCAGCAUACUGUACCUCAACAUGGUGUCUUAUGAGUGUCCAGUGAACACGUGAAGUGACGUGACAUGACGUGACGAGUGCUAUAUUCCUACUCCACCUCCGAGUGUAUUGGUGAUGUUUAAUCACACACUCACACACACACUCACACUCACACACUCUCACACUCACAUGCAUGCCCUGGCUAUCCUUUCUCCCUUCUGCUCUAUGUUAGCGUUAGCUGCUUUGGUAUGGUGUUGUUAGCAUGCAUGGUGUUUGUUUCUUCAUUUGUAGCACUAUCUGCACUAUCUCUCCCCCACCACUCCCUAAAUUGUUUUUUUAAUUUCGUUUUUUUUUUUUUUUUAAUGAUCAGACAGCGAUGUCUCCACUGUUUGUUUGUAAGUAGAGUUACUGAGCAGAGUGAGAUUAUGCUGUUUGAUUUUUUACAAUCAUGAGAUCUCGCAAUUUUAUUAGCUAGAAUUUCAUGUGGUGAUUAGAUGUUGUGAAUGUACUGUUGAGGCUUAUGGUGAUGUGACGCCUCUGUGGAAUUUAUACUUUUAUUUCAUCAAGUGGCAUUUGCAUAUUCAGUUUUUUUUUUGUUUUUUCGUGUGCGUGUGCGUUUGCGUGUGUGUGUGUGUGUGUGUGCCUGCAUUUUUGUUGUUGUUAUUGUUGAAGUAAACAACGUUUGGAAACUUAUAAAACCAUCAUAAGGUUUGGAACUUCUGAAACCAUUGUCAAGUUUGGAACGAAGUUCUGAGUGAGGGAAGCUGUAUUAUUUUUUGUGUUUUUCCAAACCCAUUUCAAGCACCAGUCCUCAGGACAUCCCUAACAGUCGAACAUCUGACUGAUGGUAACAGUGUUCAUGUCUGUGGUUGAUUGGUAAAACCUAAUAAAAGAUCUCUAACAGGA